AUUCACCAGCUUCAGUCCCCGCUGACUCUGCCGGUGCUGCACUGCAAACACACACAUCACACACACACACACACACAUACACAAACACGCACACACUUUGAGGGCUGAGAUGUGACUGUUCACCAGAGGAAUACUGCGUGUUUCUGUGGGAUUUUUUCUCUUCUCGUCAGCCGGAUAAUGGGAGAGGACAGGCGGGGAGACAUGUGGACCAUGCCGGGCGCUGUGGCUGCGGUGCUCCUGUGUGUGGUGACUUGGGUCAGCGCUGUGGAAGAGACAGUGAUGGAUACAAGGACAGCGACAGCUGAGCUUGGCUGGAUAUCGUUCCCUGCCAAUGGAUGGGAGGAGGUGAGCGGCUAUGAUGAGAACCUCAACACCAUCAGGACGUACCAGGUGUGCAACGUGUUCGAGCCCAGUCAGAACAACUGGCUCCUCACUACUUACAUAGACCGACGGGCGGCACAACGAAUCUACGUGGAGAUCAGAUUCACCGUGCGAGACUGUGCCUCCAUUCCCAGCGUCCUUGGCUCCUGCAAAGAGACGUUCAACCUGUACUACCUGGAGACGGAGAGGACCGUGUCAGAGAGCAUUAAAGGGGUGGAGUACUGGGCCAAUGCUCCUUUUCUUAAGGUGGAUACCAUUGCAGCAGAUGAGAGUUUCUCCCAGGUUGAUUUCGGGGGAAGGCUAAUGAAGGUGAACACAGAAGUUCGUAGUUUUGGGCCGCUCUCUAAAGGCAGAGGAUUCCACUUGGCCUUCCAGGAUCUGGGCGCCUGCAUGUCCCUUCUGGCUGUCCGAGUGUUCUACAAGAAAUGCCCCAGCGUAGUGCAGAACUUUGCUUUCUUCCCAGAGACGCUGACUGGAGCAGAGUCCACAUCAUUAGUCAUCGCUAGAGGAAGUUGUAUCCCAAACGCUGAGGAAGUAGACGUGCCCAUAAAGCUUUACUGUAACGGAGAUGGAGAGUGGAUGGUGCCCAUCGGAAGCUGCAGCUGCAAGGCGGGUUAUGAACCAGACAACGGCAACGUGUGUCGAGCAUGCCCUCAGGGCACCUUCAAGUCCUACCAGGGGGUCGGAUUAUGUCAGCAGUGUCCGGCCCACAGUCGCUCCACCAUCGAGGCAGCCACCCUCUGCGGCUGUCGGAACGGCUAUUACCGAGGAGACAUGGACAAACCGGAGGAUGUGUGCACCAGUGUCCCUUCAGCCCCUCGAAACGUGGUCUCAGUUGUCAACCAGACAUCAGUGCUGCUAGAAUGGCACUCUCCUCGAGACACAGGGCACCGUGAAGACCUGACAUAUAACGUCUUGUGUCGGCGGUGUCACAGCAGCGAGCGCCGGGCAUGUCAGCCAUGCGAUGACAGCGUGGUGUUCACUCCUGGCAAGAGACUGCUAAAGGACAUAAGGGUGGAGAUUAGCAAGCUGAGAGCCCACACAUCGUACACCUUUGAAAUACAGGCAGUCAAUGGAGUCUCCAACAAGAGCCCUUAUCCAGCCCAGCAAUUGUCAAUCAACAUUACAACCAAUCAGGCUGCUCCCUCAGCAGUUCCCAUAAUGCACCAAGUGAGCUCAACCAGCCGCAGUUUCUCGUUGGCAUGGCCACCGCCCGAACAGCCCAACGGAAUUAUCCUCGACUACGAGAUACGAUACUAUGACAAGUCACAGUCGUCACUGCUGAACAGCUCAGUGGUCCAGAGCGAAACACCCAACGUUGUUCUGGAGGGUCUGAGGCCGGGGUCAGGCUACGUGGUCCAGGUGAGGGCCCGCACAGUUGCCGGUUUUGGAGCCUACAGCAAGGAUAUGCUCUUCCAAACACUCACUGAUGAUGAGUAUAAAUCAGAGCUGGGACAGCAGCUCUCCCUGAUUGCUGGCUCUUUAGUCGGUGGAGUGUGUAUCGUGUCACUGGUAGCCAUCGCCAUCAUCUGCACCAGGAGGAGGCAGCUGAAGGAGAGUGUGUACGGCGACAAGCUGCAGCAGUACAAUGCAGGAGGAGAGGUGACGCUCAGGCCAGACAUGUUCAGCGGGCCGACCCCCACUGUGACCUUUCCCACCCUGUCUGAGGGUCACAGUUCACCAGGGGUCAAGAUCUACAUCGACCCCUUCACCUACGAGGACCCCAACGAGGCUGUGAGGGAGUUUGCCAAGGAGAUCGACCCGUCCUGUGUGAAAAUAGAGGAAGUCAUUGGAUCAGGUGAGUUUGGGGAGGUGUACAAAGGUCGCCUGAAACCUGUCGGGAAAAAAGAAAUCCCCGUGGCCAUCAAGACCCUGAAGGUGGGAUACUCUGAGAGGCAGAGGAGGGACUUCCUGUCCGAGGCGUCCAUCAUGGGUCAGUUUGAUCAACCAAACAUCAUCAGGCUGGAGGGCGUGGUCACUAAGAGCAGGCCGACGAUGAUCAUCACUGAGUUCAUGGAGAAUGGAGCGCUCGACUCGUUUCUCAGGCAAAAUGACGGGCAGUUCCCUGUGAUCCAGCUGGUUGGUAUGCUGAGGGGCAUUGCAUCUGGAAUGAGGUACUUGGCAGAGAUGAGCUACGUUCACCGGGACCUGGCUGCUCGGAACAUCUUGGUGAACAGUAACCUGGUGUGUAAGGUGUCCGACUUUGGCUUAUCACGGUACCUGGAGGAGGACACGUCUGACCCCACCUACACAAGCUCACUGGGUGGUAAAAUCCCGGUGCGAUGGACAGCUCCGGAGGCGAUCGCCUACAGGAAGUUCACGUCGGCUUCAGAUGUCUGGAGUUAUGGUAUUGUCACCUGGGAGGUGAUGUCAUACGGAGAGAGGCCCUACUGGGACAUGAGCAACCAAGAUGUGAUAAACGCCAUCGAACAAGACUUCAGGCUGCCGGCUCCCAUGGACUGUCCGGUAGUGCUGCACCAGCUGAUGCUCGACUGCUGGCAGAAAGACAGGAAUGCACGACCAAAGUUCCCUGAUCUUGUCAGCAUGUUGGACAAAAUGAUACGCAACCCUGCAUCGCUUAAAGCCGGCAUCAACAACGUCCCCACUGGUCCUUCCCAUCAUCCUUUGUUAGACCGUGGAGCGCCAGACCUGAGCAGAGUGAGCUCUGUGGAGGACUGGCUGGCUGCCCUGAAGAUGACCCAGUAUCGAGACUCCUUCCUGGGUUCAGGCUUCACUUCUCUGCCGCUCGUCACACAGAUCACAGCCGAAGAUCUGCAGAGGAUUGGAGUGUCUUUGGCUGGGCACCAGAAGAAAAUCCUGACCAGCGUUCAGAUGAUGAGGCACCACGCUGAUGACCAAUCUCCCACUGAGUCUGUUUGACCACACGGAGGAGAGAUACAGAAUGAAGUACUGACAAGUCAGUCUAAAGGAGCUUUGUGAGGAUCCCAACCACUCAACAUUUUUUUAAAAACCAUAUCUGUGACUGUUUGCUUCUCAGUCACCAGGCCCCUCCUCCUCUUUCACCAUUUAUCUUCCUGUUUGAAUUCAAACUAAAUGCCUCCUUCAUUCAGAUUUGGUACACGAGGAAAAAAGGCAGACAUUAUUUGUGACUGAAAACAAAAAAAAAGGGACUCAUGUUGUUCUGGAGUUUUUCCUGUGACUGAAAGUGGUACAAUCAAAUUACCUCUGUUUCCUCUCUCCCCAAAAUCUGCCUGCAACACUUCCAGGAAUCACAAUCUACAGACCAGAUUUGACCAGAUUUAGUGUUUGAUUCAAGAAUGGCAUGGUCUGGUUUUCUGUGAAAGGAUUAAUCAAACAAACACACCACAGUGAAGAGGAAACAGACAUUUGUACGAGGGGACACAAACUGGGCCAGAAGACUGAGAAGAAAAGUCUCUUAAACCAGUUAUCUCCUGUGUGUUCUGCUGAGACUGCUUUAAUGUGACGCAAAAUUGCUACUGUUCGAAUCCAGGCCAGAGUCGACACUGAAAUAGGACAUGUGUGAAUUAUCUUCAUAUUGAAGAGCUUGUACAAAUCAAAUAUGGGAAGUUUUAUUUCCUGUUCACUCUCUUCUUUCACUUUUAGCCUACAGCAACAAACAAUUAUCCGUCAAUGGAGUAUUUGUGAUCUUUCUAUGAUUAUCUUCCUCUACCGGACUCAUCACUGGAACAAACUUGGACCUUUGCAGACAAAAAAAGUGGAUAAAAGGGGUUUCAGUGUGUUUUUGUGCUUUCCAUGCAACCAUGAAAAGAUAAACUCAUCACUGCAGAGAAAUAGCAUCACCUGGUCUACUGAAAAUAAUUCAUUCAGAUGGAGCUCAUAAUGGACGAUGUUUUACAGUCAGCACACAUGCCCUGUGAGUAAAGGCAAUCACAGAGCAGAAAACCAAAUCAGACAUAGAAAAUCAAUCAAUAAUGUGUCUGUUCUCUGAGAUAGGAAGCAAGGCAGCUGAAAGUAUGGAAGACAAGAGAAAAACUGCCUGAGAGCCUGUGGGUGUUGAGUCAUUACCAGCAGCAGAGCCACACCUGUUGUGAGCAUGCGGCAGUGGACAGAAAAUCUCAGGAGACAGAACAAGGUACUCUCAUCCAAUGUUCCUGUGAUUUGGCUGCAAAUCGUUCAGCAGAGAGCCGGUCAUGCAUCAAUACUACGCAUGAAAACAGCAGAAACCCCAUGUUUAUGUACCGUCCACGCAUGAAUCAAUUCUUGUUUUUGUCAGAUCUGAAUGGCUGCAGUCCAGAUGGUUAAUAUCUCUCUGCAGCAGCCAGACGGGAGCAGGUCAGGGUGCUGGAGUAUAAUCUGUUACUGGAAUCAGAAACCAGGAAAGAGGUGCUCAAACGGCUGUUUUAAAUUUUUCUUAACCAUGAACGAAAACAGAAGCUUGGAAUAAUUUUUCAGCGUCUGUCACUCAGAAUAAAAAAAUGUAAUAAGCUGAAAAAAGCCCUUUUAAAAACAUUUUAACAUUAUGAAGGAAGGAAGAGGGGCUGUAUCAUGACAUCGAAGUUAAAUUUAAAAGAGAGAGGCCAUAGUUUGAUACUCUUGAUAUUAGAAGUAAUAGUAGUGGUAGAAAUUAGAAGAAGUAUUGGGCGAAAGAACAAUUAAGUCCAACAGGGUCACCAGAAUGAAAACUCCUCACUGUGCCUUUAAAACAAGAAACAGCCAUUUCUGCAUUUUUUCCCUUCAUGGUUCCUGAUAUGAAAUCAAAUGAUACUUUAGUACCCUGACCAGCUGUCUUGGUUAGGGUACUAAAGGACCUGUCACAGUUGUCUGAGUUUGUUUUGACAGGUUACAUCUCUGAACAGACUGAUCUGAACAGACUAACACUGCUGUGUCAGAUUGCAGAUGAAAUGGCAUUUAACCUAUCCAUGUUGUCAUCUGUGCACAGCAACCUUUCCAGCGUCUGCCCUUCCUGCAGAUUAAUUUCAAAUCCACAAAAACCUGUCGGGGAAAAAGAUCAGACAAAGAGAUAGUAAGAGAAUUAAAUGUUAGAGGGGUCAGGAAGGAAAUUGUUGGUGUAUUUAUCAUGUUUCAGUGCGUAAAAGUGACUCACUCUUCUCUGCAAAGUAUGAUAUCAAGCAGGCCUGAUCAGGCCCUGGGGCUCUCUGGUGAAGGAGCUCUGGGAGAUCUUCUUUUAUCUGAGCUCUGAGCAGAUUACCAGCUGUGAAACAACAGCAGCAUCGCUCUGCCCGCAGACCAAAAAACCUCUGGUCAUGCGUGUGCACCCACAGCCCGAGGAUUAACGGUGUGUAGCACUGAUUGGAUAUCGAGAUUUCAGUUGUCAUCCCGCUGCUCACGCUGACAGAAAUGACUUAUUUGUUUGCUUUUUGUUUUACUGCUGCAUGACUCUACAGAACUCUGUGUUUGUGUUCGUCUCGCACCGCCACUCUCCGCUGCUGGGACAGCCCAAACUCGUUUAUUUAUGAUUGUUGUGACAUUGAGAGGUCUGUGAGCAUUUCAAACCUUUCCCUUUUCCACUUUUCACCCCAAAACUCUGCUCAGGCAGCAAGUCAAGAAUUGCAUUUGUUGCCCAGCAACGAAUGCUUAUUGAACAUUUUAUCAGCAAGUAUUGAGAUCAACUGGGAGCGUGUCAGUGGUUCAGAGGCAUAAUUUGUUGUAAAUAAAAGCCUCUGGAAAAACAAUUUGAGUCUGAGAGAGGACGAGUGUGUCUGAAAGCUCAUAAAAAAUGUGUUGCACAAAUGAAAGCUAUCGACACAGCAAGCUUAUUUUACAUUAUGUAACAUCUUCAGCUAAGUGUGAUGUAUCUGUCCUCUGCUUCAUGUUUUUGAGGGCGAGCUUUCAGAGGCUUUUCACACGUUUCUGUGUCAGUGUCAGUGAAAAGACAAUGACGGCAUAAAUGAUCCACAGCACAUCUUGUAUUUAUACCAUCACAUGUCUCAGUUUAAGCACAAACAUACACCGCAGAGAGGGUUUCUCAGGAAUGCAACAGAUGUACGUUUUGUGAGCAUCUUUCGGUUGAAAUCAUGCACUGUAUAAAAAGCUUAAUCCGAGUUGAAGUGCUCUAAGAGUUCAAGGAGAAAAACGUUUUUGAUGUUGGUUUUCUGAAGUGCUUAUUAAAAGUUAAAUCCACCCUAAAUCCAGCCCCUAACAGAGAGGAACAUGUUGGUAAAACCUCUGAGAGUUCACUGUUUGUGUGUGUGAACAAGGCUCUUACUGGAAAAUGGAGUUAAUACACUUUGUGAUCAGCGCUAAAUGUCAGCGAGCAUCUUCUAUGUCGAGGCAGGAUUAACAUUUAACCUUUUUCUGCCUUUGACAUCAAACUUUUAACACAUAUUCAAUUUUUUUCCUUUUUUAUAAGGUCAAAAUGUAAGUCUGUCCUCAAAACUGUGGGCAAAAAAUAGAGAAUCCUCACGAAAUUUAAACCUUCACAUUCAUUCUUACCUGCUGUCUGUCUUCUUCAGUGCGGAUUACUUGCAUGUUUGGGCUAAGAUAAACACCUGCAGACCAGUGUAAUAAUGAGUAACCUUUGGAAGGAUUAUGAAUCAAAUACUUCUCCUCAGUUGGUCAGAUCCCAGUAGUGCAUGCAGAUCAGGGCUGUCUGAUGCAAAGAGAUGAAGCUUUUGUAAAACAAAAGUUAAGAUAGUGUGAUCCAACAACUACAUGACGCACAAAUACAUGACUACAUGAGGGAUAAUGUAGAGAAAACAGGUAGUUAUGCCAAUUAGAAUCCUGGAAGAGCGAGUAGGACCCGAUUUGAGGCUUCGUGUUGGGGGGUUCUGCGCCCCCUAUAGAGACUCUGUUCUCUAUACAUUACCCCUCUAAAUAAACAUAAACAAGUUAUAAAAGUUUACAAAAUAUUGUUUUUUUAGACGUUUUUAUAGAUUAAAAGAUAUUUAGUUUCAGCUAAAAUGAAAUGAAUACUCCCUCCAGUUCCACAGUUGAUAAAGCUUCCAUGUCAAGGGAUUCUGAUCGAUCUCCCUGCAGUACAAAUUUUCAUUUAACUGAACAUUUAAAUUAAGUGUAAUGUUCCAGUCAAAAGUCACAUCUUUUAACAUUGUUGCUGUUCUCUCUACUGCUUAUGGUUCAAGUUACUUUGCAGUGACUGGCAACUUAGAGAUGCUCUCACCAGCUGUGUUGCUAUUGCUUGGAUUACAGGACAGGAUGUUGCUCCACUACUCGCUAUUAGAGAGAGCAUCAGACUGCUCUCACAUCUGAGCCUGAUUACUGAAAAUUACCCACUAUCAAAACCAGUCUGAGAUGGAAACUCAAAGUUUUUGGGACAGUGUCAACAGGCAGAGGUGAAAUGUGCUGGACUCAUUUCCGCAGAUUGAUUAGAGAUGACAGAAGAAUUCAUUGCCAUUCUUAUGAGGUUUUGACCAAUCAGAAUCAAGUAUUUAACAGCCAGGUAAUUAGUGAGAAAGCCAGGUAGUAAACAUUUGUGAACCACCAGCGAAGGACAAACUUUAUAUCCUUCCUUAACUUGGACUCACAGACCAUGAAUGCUGUAAAAGAAACCUGCCUUGUUGGAUUUAUGUGAAGAGAUAUCUUGAUUUGGGUAAUCUCUGUUGCUUAAUGACACUUGGCUCAUUUGACUGAAGUUUCAGACUCACUUUAGUUGCUGUUAUCAGAAGGACUAAGUGCAUAGAGCAAGGAUUACAGCUUCUUGUCGUCUGACAUGAUUACACCGUGAGAGAAGUAAAAAUGAUAGAUGUGUCGGAGAGAGAUGGAGGCAUUUACACCUUUUUCUGCAAGUAAAAAUGUGUCUCAUCUGAUUCAAACGUAUUUCAAACAGUCUCAAAUGCUUCUUGGAUACAUUCAGAGUUAGCUUUUUAAAUAAGUAUCUGCUGUCUAAGAAGCAUUCAUGACCAAGUGAAAAUGGGGUCUCCAGAAAUUAUAUAAAUGGGACAUUUUGGCAGAAUCAAAGGAAAUCUGAAACAGUUUUAUAUAUCCAUAUAAGUGUGGAUUUGGGGCGCCACUACUCUUUAAAGGUUGAUUUUCAUCUUCUUCUUGUGAUGCUUCAUGUGUUUUUAAAGGGUAGUUGUAUUAUUAAGAGCUGUGUAAUGCUUUAGCACUCAGUUACAAACUUACUGCUCUGAAAAAGGUCAGACAGUUUCCACAUCUUCGACACUACCUAACCAGUUUGUGAACAUCUGGGACCACAUCGUCCUCCACUUUAACAUUUCAUAGCUGCAAUGCAUUCUGGUCCACUGGGAUUACUGCCAGCGAAGACGAGUGUGAUGAGUUUCUCUGCGUUCAUUGUUAAUGCCGGUACAAAUGGCAGCAGCAGACAAAAGAGCUCACUCUCUGACUCAGAGAGACUGACACCAAAACCUGACAUUUACUGCAGAUGUUUCAGAUAGAAAACUCCUGCAGCUGUGCUGGAAAUACAUCAGUACAAUGUGACAUCGUGUUCAGCCAAUUAACCCCUGGAGCAAGAAAAACAGACAAGUCAAAAACAAAAUCGGCCUCGAAAUGCAAAGGGACGUCAUGAGAAGAGCUUUAGGGUGGAUUUAUCUUUUAAUUGUGGUGAUUUUCAAGAAGUAGGGCCGACUCUUUUCCUCUCCUGUUGCUGCUGUAAUAGAUACUGUAGGUGUGGAGACUGGAGAUGAGAGGAGGCGAGCGAGGAAGAGAGGAAAAAAGUAAAAGGGAAUAGGUAAUAGAAGGGGCAACAGAGAGAGAGGAAGGAUAACAGAAAAAGAGAGAGGGAAAGGGAGGGGUUGGAGAAGCGAGAGGCAAAGCUUGACUCGAUGUUUGAAUAAAAAUGAGGCCGGGUGUGGAGAGAUUACUCUUUCUCUUUUUUGUCUCUCUCUCUCCCUGCUCUCCUCGGCUGUCCUCUUUCUUCCCCUAAAGCCCAAAACCUCUCUGUACAACUCACUCUUCUUCCAGCCUGCACUUUCACUGACCAGCAGUUUAGAGCAGAGCCAGGCGAGCACUCGUUUUACUCUAAGAUGCACUUUUUCACAUAUAUUUUAACAUGUAUUUCUAAAUUAUGUAUAUCUCUUUUACACAAAGACGCUUGCUUUCUUUUUUUGUGGGUUUUCAGGAGAUACUUAUCCUAGACUGUGAAGGAAAAACUGAAAAUAAGAGCUUUCUUCUCUGGUUCACAUUCAAUUGUAACUAAAAAGUCUGGCUGUAUACACUCUGUACAUGCAUAAAAAGAUUUUCUUCUCUUAAUUAUUUAAUUUAUUUAUUCUCCUAUUGCUUGCCAUUCUUUUCAGUAUGUAUUUAAUGUAUAUGAUUUCUUUAAAAAAAAAAGGAAACAGCUCAGUAAUCAGCUGUAGUCUGCCUUUCUCUGUUUACCUACAAUACUGUUCUAGGUGUGACUACACAUAUAGUCAGAGCAUCCCACUGUACUGUAACAUAAUACUGUAAUAUAAUUGGGACGCCUGUGAAUCUUUGUGUGUGUGAGUUUGCCUGUGUGUAUGUGUAAUAUAAUGUGUGUGUGGUGUUCAGUGUACAGUAAAAUGUUUGUACAUUGUGUGUGUGUGUGUGUGUGUGUGUGAGUUUGUAGCUGUUACCUUUCUGAGUCUUACAUUUACAAUGCACUGUUUGUCAAUAAAGAAGACAAAUCAAUC